AUGAAAUUCUACCUCGCCCCUCUGCCCCUCCUUUCCCUGGCGCUCGCGGGCCUGAGCAAUGCCGCUACAAUCCCAACCAAGUCGCUGACCAAGCGCGCUGACUUCUGUGACCAGUGGGGAUCGGUCACAACUGGCAGUUACAUCGUCUACAAUGACCUCUGGGGCCAGAGCUACGACACCUCCGGCACCCAGUGCACCGGCGUGGACUCGCUGAGCGGCACCACCAUCGCCUGGCACACCAGCUGGUCCUGGUCCGGCGCAUCCAGCCAGGUCAAGAGCUUCGCCAACGUCGCCCUGCAGUUCACCGCCAAGACCCUCAGCAGCAUCAGCAGCAUCAAGUCGUCCUGGAAAUGGAGCUAUUCGACGACCUCCAUCGUUGCAGACGUUGCAUACGACAUGUUCCUAAGCUCCAGCGCCUCGGGCUCCAACGAGUAUGAGAUCAUGGUGUGGCUGGCGGCACUGGGCGGUGCGGGCCCAAUCUCGUCCACCGGCUCGGCCAUUGCGACGGUCACGAUCAACGGCGUCAGCUGGAAGCUGUACUCGGGCCUGAACGGGUCAAUGACUGUGUACAGCUUUGUCGCAACGUCCACCGUCACCAGCUUCUCGGGCGACAUGCUGGCCUUCUUCACCUACCUGAUCAACAACCAGGGACUGAGCUCGAGCCUGUAUCUGAUUGACGUCCAGGCAGGCACGGAGCCGUUCACCGGCAGUGCUAAGCUGACCGUCUCCUCGUACUCUGCGGCUGUUGUGUAG